GGGCCGCGGCGGCGCCGCGGGGCGUGGGGAGCGGCGCUCGCGGUGGGAAGGCGCAGAGGAAGACGGAGGCGGCGGUGGCAGGGGCGGCGGCGGCGGGAGGGGCGACGGCGGCAGGGGGGACGGCGGCAGGGGAAGGGGCAGGGGCAGGGGCCUUGCUGGCGGCGGCGGCCCGCAGCUGGGCGGGGCUCCUGGUGCUUCGGAGCCGUGGCAGCAGCAGCAGCAGCAACAGCAACAGCAGCAUGCACCCUGGCCGGCGCAGCAGCACGCGCAGCAGCACCCUGGGCCGCGGCGCGCCUCGCCGCCGCGUGCGGCGGCGCCGCCCCCGCUGGGGGCCGGGCCGGGGCUGGGCGGGGCGAUGCAGGUGGUGCACCUGCCGCCCCCAGGGGUGGAGUAUGGCGCCGGCGGCCUGAGCUUGGCAGUGCCUGGGGCCGGCGCCCCUCCGGCGUAUGGCGGGGCCGCGCCCCAUCAUCUUAUGGGGGGUCCGUCCCAGCAGCAGCACGUGGGCGGGCCGCAGCAGCAGUGGGGCGGCGGCGGCGGGCCUCACGUGCCGCAUCUGGGGGCCCCUCCGCAGCAGUGGGGCGGCGGCGGCGGCGGCCCGUUGCCGCAGCAAGGCGGUGGGCCGCCGCCACACCAGCAGCAUCAGCAGCAGCACAUGGGGGGCCCUCGGCACGGGCCGCCGCCGGGGCGGCCGCCGCAGCGGGGUGGCCACCACCAGCCGUCCCCCGGCGGCGGGCGGCAGACGCGGUGGCAGUGA